AUGGCAACGCUAGCGUAUCCUAUGGAGUGCCCUUGCUGCGAAUCCACUCUUCACUCACUGGAUGAUCUGAAAACACACCUACGAACUCGUCAGGCCCAGGUUCAAGCGCUUGAGAACCAGCUUUUUCGUAUUAUUGAACGAGCCGAGCCUAGUACCUCUGAGGCUAUAGAGGAUACACAGACGACAGACACCGCAGAUACAGGACCUAAUGAGGCGGAUUCCCCGUCAGAGACACCUCAGCUAAAACAGGAACUGGUGACGCCGGAGGAUAACCUCCGGGAUGACUCUGAAUCCAGCCACAUCGGCGAUUAUUUCAUCGAUCAGUCCGAGAAGGACUUUAGGCAAUUGCUUAAGGGUGGGUCUCCACAGUAUAUCGAUUCUUACAGAGUAUCUCCCGAGAAAUACUGUUUCGAAUUGCGUGUUGCUUUCAAAGAGGGGACUGGACAACCUGUCCAUCACUGGAUUCCAGAGGCCACGGUUCAGAAGUUUGACAACGCUGCUGUUUGCACAUACUGGCAUGCCCGCGUGGGCCCUGACGGAAGACCUGCAGGGCGCCCCUACGACGAAGUUGAUCUCGAAGUCCUCAAGAUUGUUGGAUAUAAGGACAGGAACCAAGAAGACUUUUGGGUUCAGACUGUAGGAGAUCCUAUCCUCCACCCCGAUCUCAUACCGACAAUCGAGAAAUGGUCAGAGGAUCCGGAAGAACCAGAAGGUAAAGCCUUGUUCCGAUACAGGCCUACCUAUAUGACCGUUGCCGAAGUGCGGAACAGAUGGCCCCGCCAAUACGAGCACUGGCUGAACAGGCCAAAGCGCCGAGAGGACCGCAAGGCUCUCCAAGUGCUCUAUGGCCACCGAGAAAACCCAAACUACCAGCGAUUUGAGAUCUCCAGGCUCGCUUUCAACUGGGCUCCGACAUGGUGUGACGAGAGAAUUGUGCAUAAUUCGCACCCGUUUGCUCUCAUUACCUAUUACAAGAGCGAUCCAAAUGUGCGAACAGGAGGGAAUGACACCUCGCUGAUCCCACCCAGACUUUUUAAAAUUGUGCGAUGGCGGAGGGAUGAAGACGGAGAGCUCUUUUUUACCUACCAGAAGAUAGGAGAGUCUGAGCUUGAGGAUGACUUGGAGGAGAGAGGUCUAAAAGAUAUGCAACAGCUUGACAAGAAGAUGCUUAACGUAUACAGAAAGAAAAAUAAGAUAUAA